AUGAAGUUCGGCAAGGAAUUUCGCGCUCAAAUGGUGCCGGAAUGGCAAGCGGCGUACAUGGAUUACAAUUUCCUCAAAACGCUUUUGAAAGAGAUUCAGAGAUUCAAGCUCACAAAUGACCUUAAUCUUCCUCCUCAAUCCUCUGCCUUAAAGCGCAAGCUCACUCUCUACAGAGCCUUCAGCGGCCUCACUCAUUCCUCUACUCCCACUUCCGAUAUCGAGAGGCAAUCCAUUCUCGUGACCUCUAAGCACGAGAAUGACUCCAAGAGUUACAAGACCACGUUCCUCAUGACCGCCGAUCAAGGCUCCGAGUACGAACUCGUCUAUUUCAGGAGGCUUGAUGAUGAGUUUAAUAAGGUCGAGAAGUUCUAUAGCUCCAAGGUGGAGGAGGUAUUGAAGGAAGCUGAGAUGUUGGGGAAGCAGAUGGAUGCUCUGAUUGCUUUCAGAGUUAGGGUUGAGAAUCCGAAGGGUUCGGUCUUCGAUAUGCGUGAGAAGACUGUUGAGAUUACUCGUCUUGCUUCCGGGAUUGCUGCUUCUUCCGCUGUUUUAUCGGCUUCCACUCCAAAAGGGGCAAAAUCUGGAAAGAGGCAUCAUGUGGGCAUGGAGAUAAUAGAAGAAGAUGGGGCAGCCAAGCUUGGGAAAAUAGACGAGUCGAACGAAUGUGUGGACGACAUCGAGACAAAAUUGGUAGAUAAAAAGGAUGAAGAAGACAAGUCCAGUAGAAGAAAGGGUGUUGGUGUUAGACCACCUCCAUUAGAAGUUCUUGAUCUUGUCAAAAUCAAUAAUCCCAUUGAAACACCUCGUUCUACCAUCAAGGGCUUCCUUAAGUUCCCUCAAAACUCUGAACUCCAGUUCAGUAGAGACAAUCUCAAGAAAGUUGAAGAACAACUCAAGCAGGCCUUCUCUGUGUUUUACCAGAAACUUAGGCUUCUGAAGAGCUUCAGCUUCUUGAAUACACUCGCCUUCUCCAAGAUCAUGAAGAAAUAUGACAAGAUUACGGCAAGAGAUGCGUCAAAAACAUACAUGGAAGUGGUAGAUAGUUCAUACUUUGGAAGCUCAGAUGAUGUUUCCAAGUUAAUGGAGAGGGUAGAGAAUACAUUCAUCAAACAUUUCUGCAAUGCCAAUCGCAGCCAAGGGAUGAAUAUUUUACGACCUAAAGCAAAGAGAGAGAGACAUAGGACAACAUUUUCCAUGGGUUUUCUAGCUGGCUGUUCUACAGCUCUUGUUUUAGCACUCAUCUUAAUUGUACAUGCCCGGCAUCUUGUGAAUAGCGACGGAAGCAAAGAGUACAUGGAAACUAUGUUUCCUCUUUACAGCUUGUUUGGAUUGGUUUUUCUGCAUUUGAUUAUGUACGCAGCCAACAUAUACUUUUGGAGACGAUAUCGAGUGAAUUAUUCCUUCAUAUUUGGUUUCAAGGAAGGAAAUGAGUUGGGGUAUCGUCAAGUUCUCCUUAUUGGUUUUGGUCUAGCUGUUCUUGGACUAGGCUCAGUCCUCUCAAACCUUGACAUGCAAAUGGACGAAAGAACAAAAGAUUUCAAAGCAUUUACAGAACUUCUGCCUCUGUUUGCAGUUAUUCUUGUAACUGCAAUACUUAUCUGCCCGCUUAACAUCAUAUAUCGCUCAAGUCGUUUCUUCCUCCUCACAUGUCUGUUUCACUGCAUCUGUGCUCCGCUCUACAAGGUGGUGCUCCCUGACUUUUUCUUAGCUGAUCAGUUAACAAGCCAGGUGGAAGCACUCAGAAGUUUGGAAUUUUACAUUUGCUAUUAUGGUUGGGGAGAUUACAGAAUGAGAAAAACCACGUGCAAGGCCAACACUGUAUUCCAAACCUUCAGUUUCAUUGUUGCCGUUAUUCCAUACUGGGCACGCCUUCAACAGUGUCUUCGUCGGCUGUAUGAUGAGAAGGAUAAAAUGCAGGCCCUGAAUGGAUUGAAAUACUCGUUUGCUAUCGCUGCUGUUUGCUUCAGGACAGCAUACAGUCUGAAUGAAAGAAUGUAUGUUUGGCGUAUACUAUCUUGGGUAUUUUCAGUGAUAGCAGCCGUGUCGGGCACGUACUGGGACCUUGUCUAUGACUGGGGGCUUCUGCAACGCCAUUCGAGGAAUCGUUGGUUGAGAGACAAGCUCCUUAUACCUCAAAAGAGCGUAUAUUUUGUUGCUAUGGCAUUGAAUGUGGUGCUGAGACUUGCUUGGAUGCAAACUGUGUUGAGGUUCAAUUUCUCAUUCUUGCACAAACAAGGCAUGAUUGCAAUUGUUGCAAGCUUAGAGAUCAUUCGUCGUGGCAUAUGGAACUUCUUCAGGAUUGAAAAUGAACAUCUCAACAAUGUUGGAAAAUAUAGAGCCUUCAAAUCAGUGCCUCUACCUUUUAACUAUGACGAAGAUGAUAAAGAUGACUGAGUGCUGAUCCAACUUGAAUUUAGAACACAUCUUCAUCACCUUUUUUCUUUGUAUUUGUUUUAUUUUAACUUUGUGAUCUGCGUAGCAAAGAAAGAAAAAAGAACCUAAGUUAGAUGAGAAAUGCAUAAAAGAGAACCGAUUGCUAUCGUUUUCUUGCUUAGUCAUCUA